UGCUUAACUAAACCAACCGUUUGACUUUUAACUUCGGAGUUCCUUUUUAUUGCCUUUUUUUCCAAUUUUAACUUAUAUUUACCACUAAAAGAUCCAUAGUUUUACAAAAAAUAUGCAGUGAAUUUAGUUUAUUUUAAAUUUCUUACAUUGUUCAAAGAUGCCCAGUGUGAUAAACAGUGUAGAUACGACUCGUCCAGUAGAUGCUAGCAAAAUGCAACUCGAACGUUUGGAGUUUGCUGGAUGCACCUUAGACCGGUAUAUAACUGCUGAUAAUACGCGCCCUUCGUUUUUAGAGAUAACUGGAAUAGCAGCGCAAAGAAGUCCAACAUGCAGCGGUUUAAACGCUGGCGACUACAGGAACCUGGCCGCCCUCCUGAACCACCCCAAUCUGUCACAACUGAAGAUCCUAAACAAAGUUCCUCUACCACCAGAAAUCAUGGAACACUUUGCUCAUAUGCAAUGUAAUUGCCUGAUGGGAGUUUUCCCGGAGAUCAGUAGAGUGUGGCUGGCUAUAGACAGCAACAUUUAUGUUUGGGCAUUUGAACAUGGCAGUGAUGUGGCCUACUUUGAUGGCCUGGGGGAGACCAUAGUCAGUGUGGGACUAGUCAAGCCUAAAUCAGGAGUAUUUCAGAGUUUUGUCAAAUAUCUUCUGGUAUUGACAACUACUGUGGAAAUUGUUGUGUUGGGUGUUACAUUCUCCAGCAGUAAAAGUGAUGGCUCAGACGGUUUUGAGGAGAUCCACUUGGUACCAGAGCCUGUGUUUGUGCUCCCUACUGAUGGCGUACCAAUGAUGUCAGUCAAGUCUACUGCAAAAGGGCGCAUCUUCAUGGGAGGCAAAGAUGGGUGUCUCUAUGAAAUUACUUAUCAGGCUCAAUUAGGUUGGUUUGGAAAGCACUGUAAAAAAGUCAAUCAUUCCACAAGUGCUCUGUCAUUCCUCGUGCCAUCAUUCCUUAAUGCUGCUUUAUAUGAUGAAGACCCCAUAGUCAAGAUAGAAGUUGAUAAUUCUAGGAAUAUUUUAUAUACUUUAAGUGAAAAGGGGUGUAUAGAGGUGUUUGACUUGGGGCAUGAUGGUGAGAGUAUAAGCAAAGUUGUGAGGCUGACACAAGGGAACAUUGUAUCGUCAGCUGUAGACAUUGUCAAGACUCUAGAAGCAUACAACUUCAAGCCAGUUGUAGCAAUAUCAGCUGUGGAUGACUCAGAAUCGGAACAUUUAAAUCUUGUGGCUGUCACACAGACUGGUGCAAGACUCUAUUUCAGUACUGGAAGUGGGGAUGCGAACCAGAGCGGCUCUCAGCGACCGCAGUACCUGACCCUGCUGCACGUGCGUAUGCCGCCUGGCUUCACCUCCAACGCUUCCGUGCUCAAACCUAAACAUGUGCACAGCGCUGUCUACGAGAAUGGUUCCCUAGUAAUGGUCUGCUCGGGCAGCGGCGGCGAGGCGGAGACGCUGUGGUGCCUGUCACGCGUGAUGCCAGGCCCCGGGUUCAGCGAGGCGCAUACCGUCCUCACGUUAGACGGGCCCGCCUGGGCACUCACCGCGCUACCACCCACGCAAGUCGCCAAACUGUCGCACGCUUUGCUUUCCAAACGCGAGGUGUGGAGCGUGUCCCGCUGGGCCGUGGUGACGGGCGGCGGCGCGGCGCUGCUGGCGGCGGGGGCGGCGCCCGACCUGCUGCGCGCGCUGCUGCGGGACUGCCGCGGGCCUGACGCGCAGCCCGUCAAGGACUUCUUCCAGUUGCACAGUAUAGACCAGGCGUGCGCGUGCGCGUUGUACCUGGCGUGUGAGGACACGAUGAGCGGCGACUUGUCUAUCAGCGAGUGGGCCACGCGCGCCUUCUACCUGUAUGGCAGUCAGCUGACUCCCGCGCCCCUAUACCCGCAAAACCAAACCGCUCAGCUGCAGGCGUCGAUGGCCUCUCCAAAGUUCUCGCCUCGCCAAAUGUCAACACCGAUGACGAUGCGCGGCCCUCAAGGUCAAAUCCAGCCGGGAAAGAUGAACCAGUCUUAUCAACAACCUGGGCUCAAUCAGUCCUACCCUGGCUCCCCCAACCAAUCCCUCCAAAGUCCGUUCCAACAAAACAUGAUGACUCCUGGUUUCAACCAGUCCACAUUCAUUGGCAAUAUGUCCCAGCAACAAAGAGACCCUAAUUUCUCCGUACAAGUAGAAUACAGCGCCAAACACAACGGGCUUUACAUCUAUGUUGGACGGAUUCUUGCCCCCAUUUGGAACUUGAGAUGCGUGUCCAAAUCGUCGACGCCUGAUAAUAAGGAAUUUCUAUGCUCGCGCGUGACGGGCUCCGACUGUGCGCACAUAGUGCAGCGGCUGCAGCGCGUGGCCGCCUUCAUGCAGCGCACGGCCGCGCCGCCGCACUCCGACGAGCACGCCUCGCUGCUCGCGCUCAACAUGUUCAUCUCAAUGGCGAUAGAAAUGUUGAGCCUAUGGAAAGUUCUGUGCGAGCAUCAGUUCCACGUGAUCGCAGCCAGUCUUCCACCAGAACAACAACAAGCCUUGCAAGCGGCUAGCUUCAGGGAGCUAUUGGUAGGUGGACAAGAAGUAGCUUGCUUACUUCUAGGGUCUCUGGUCGCGGGAUACUUGCGUGAUAACGCCUCCGUCGACGGCAUCUCACAGAAACUGAGACAACUUUGCCCGACUUUGUAUCGACAAGAGGACGCUACCUGCUCAAAGGCCAAUGAGUUGUUGAUAUUCGCCAAACAACAAAAGAAUCCGUCGGAACGGGAAGAAAUGCUGCAGCAGGCCUUAAAACUCUGUGUGGACGUGGCACCAAACGUGAACUUACCUCUGGUUUGUUCGAAAUUGUUGACGGUUGGAUUUUAUUCCGGUGUCGUGGAGUUAUGUGUGGCGUGUGCUAACAAAAUCGACCCGCAAGACAAAGCUCUGCAUUACUACAAAAGCGAUCAGCCUUCACAAGACAGAGAAGGACAUAUUGCUUAUUACAGAAGAAUGGAAAUAUAUCGCGAAGUCUGCGCCGCACUCGAAAGACUGUACGAACGUAGCUCAGACACAUCUGCGAACGAAUCCACGAGUUCAGUAAACGCUAUAUCAUCAGCUGAUGCCAGUUAUCAGGGAAGAAAAUUGGUCUGGGAAUGUUUGUCGCGAGAGGACGAACUUUUACACGUAGCUGUCUAUGAAUGGCUUGUUUCCAAAAACUUGGGCUCAGAACUGCUGUCCCUGGGCACGGCUCCGCCUCCAUCCCUGCGCACUUACCUGCAAGCGGCGGCGCGCUCAGCGCCUCCGCCUACGGCACUACAUCUACUAGACCUCUUAUGGAAAGUUCUGGAAAAAUGCGGAGAUCACCUCGCGGCCGCGCACGUGCUCGAGGGCUUGGCUACUAGACCUGGCACCGGCGCCACGCUGGCGCAGCGCAUGUCGUGGGUGUCGGCGGGCAUAGUGUGCGUGCGCGGCGCGGGCGGCGCGGGCGGCGGCGGCGGCGGCGAGCUGCUGCGGCGGCUGGAGGAGGCGGGCGAGGUGGCGCGCGUGCAGGCCGCCGUAAGGGCCGCCGCCGCCGCGCUGCAGCCGCCGCCGCGCCACCUGCGCCGCCUCGACGACGAGCUGCUCGAGAUCACGCAGUUGUACGAAGAGUACGCGGACCGCUACAACCUGUGGGAAUGCAAGUUGGCUAUCGUGCAGUGCUCUGGACACAACGACGCUCUGCUAGUAGAGAACAUUUGGAGCAAUAUCCUGGCGGAGGCAGAGUCGGCUGCGCGUUGCCUGCCCACCCCCGAGGACCGCCUCGCCUCGGUGCUCAGCAAGUUCACCACUUUGGGCCGCGAAUACGUUAACACCGGCCACUGCUUCCCGUUGUACUUCAUUGUUCGUCAGCUAGAAAUAAUGAGCUGUAAAAUGCAGGCAGACCAAAGUAUGGUGUUUAGAGCCGUGCUUAACAUAGGAGUCUCGCUAGAACAAGUGUUAGAUGUCUAUAUAAAAUUGGUGAGCGUGAACGAGCGCGUGUGGUUGGGUUGCGGCGAUGAGACGCACGUGUGCGGCGCGGCGGCGCUGCUGCUGGAGGCGGCGCGCGCGGAGCUGGCGCCGCUACCGCCCGCGCAGCGGCGCCGUGCGCUCGCGCGCUGCAAGGACCUGCACGAGUGUGCGCUCUCCGCGCUGCAGGCUCGGCCUAACACUCAACGCCUCAUCGACAGACUGUCAGUUGCGCAGGCGCACCUAGAUCGUAUGGAUUGAAUUGUUAGUUAGUAAUAGGUAUCCAUUUUCUUUUUAAGAUAAUUUAAUCAUGUGUCUUUCUCUCAGUUUCCUCUUGUUAAUCUCGUUUUUUUUUAUUUACAUUAUAAGCCUUUGACAUUUUAUAACAUAUUUUCAAAUUGCAUUUUUCAAACUUGGAAUUCAAAAAUGAAACCCGAACUGACUGGAAUAUUUUUAUUUUACACAUCCAUAGUACACAUACAAAAAUUUUAAGUAAUUGCAACAGUAAUAUUACACUAAUAAAUAAAAAUAUCUCCCUAAGUAAUAUAAUAGAAAUGGCAGUGACUGAUUUUCAAUUUUGCUUUAAAUAUUAUACGUACAAAACUAGCUUGGCAUCGAAGAUCUUGUCACGGAGUAUUCCUAAUCAUGUGCAUGUAAAAUAAUUGUUAAAAGCGAUAGCGAUGAAGGCACUAUGUGGUUGAUUUCUAUUUUUGUAAAUAAACAAUAAUUAUUUGAGUAAAA